AUGAAGGGCGACAAAUUUCUUCCAAUUACUCUUCAUCUCAAUCUUUUCCUGUUACUCUUCAAUUUUCCUGGUGAUGUCGUGACCGCCCUAUCCGACCUGGCGUCCCAAACCUUCGAUCCGAGCGGCCGGGCAAAGGCAAAGGCAAAGGCACGAGCAGAGGAACACGUCAGAUGGCGGCCCGGACGAGGCAUAGCGUGGGCCCCAUUUCGGGUCCCCUUCAUCCGUCUAGAGGAACUCGUCCGACUCCAGGAGGAUAGAAGAGAUUGCGGUGGCUUGGGGAACAGGCUGGGACCAAAUGGUUUGGGCUGGGUCGAUUCACAGGUUGCAGUUCCGGGCGCCGAGGGGCCGGGCCCGUGA